GUCAUCCCCAGCGAGGAUGCCCACGGCUCUGAAUAUGUCGCGCCGAGUGACAAGCGCAGGGAAUGGAUCUCUGGAUUUACAGGAUCCGCUGGGCAAGCCAUCGUGUCGAAGACGCAGGCAUACCUGAUCACCGACUCUCGUUAUUGGCUGCAAGCUCAGAAAGAGCUCGACGAGAACUGGCAUCUUAUUGCCGCUGGGGCACCUGAGGCACCCAAAGACUGGGUGGAGUGGCUCGUCGACCGGGCGAAGAACUCCAAGAUCGGUAUCGAUGCAAGGAUGAUUACUCAUGAGAAGGCGUCACAGCUCAGCGCGCAGCUGGCGGCGAAAGGCUCGAAAUUGAUCUACCCGCCUCAGAAUCUAGUGGACUUGCUGUGGAAGGAUAAGCCCCAGCGGUCGAAGGAACGUAUAUUUAUUCAAGGACGGGAGUUUACCGGCAAGGACGCUACUGCGAAACUCGCCGAAUUGAGGGAAUGGAUCAAAGCACAACCACCGGCAACCCUAUCUUAUUCACAAGCGCCGCCCACGCCAGCCCAGGUGCACGUUGGCACGCUCAUAAGCUCUCUGGCUUCAAUCGCCUAUCUCCUUAACCUACGGGGCCAAGAUAUACCUUAUAAUCCUGUUUUCCAAGCAUAUCUUUAUGUUGGAUUGGACCGAGCGAUAUUAUUCAUUGAAGCGGCCAAGGUUGACGAGGAAGUUUCAAGGUAUUUGGAAGGCCUUAACGUCGAGAGGAGGGACUACAACGAUAUUUGGACGUUCUUGCGCCGUCGAGAAUGGAAAGAGGGAAAGGUCAUCAUCUCACCGCAGACCUCGUAUGCGAUUUCCCUGAUGCUCACACAUCUACGAUACACUGUCCUGCCAUCUUACGUGGAGGAAAUGAAAGCUGUAAAGAAUGAAGUGGAGAUAGAGGGAAUGAGAAGGGCAUACCUGCGCGAUGGUGUUGCCUUUGUGCGAUGGUUCGCUUGGCUGGAGCAGAAACUGCAGCAGGGAUAUGAGAUCACGGAGUACGAGGCGGCUUACAGGCUAACUGAGUUCCGCCGGCACCAGAAACACUUCAUGGAUCUUGCUUAUGAGAAUAUCUCCGCGAGUGGUCCUAACGCAGCACUCCCUCAUUAUACUCCUACUCGGGCCACGGCAAGAGUUAUUGAUAGAGAGACGCCUUACCUGAAUGAUUCCGGCGGGCAGUACAGGGAUGGCACUUGCGACACAACUAGAACGGUCCACUUCGGUCGACCCACUGACGAGCAAUGCGAAGCCUUCACCCGCGUUUUGCAAGGUCAUAUUGCUAUCGACAGCGCAAUCUUCCCCGAGGGCACGACGGGUAAAGCGCUUGAUGUAUUGGCUCGCAGAGCCCUAUGGCAGGACGGUAUGAAUUACAUGCACGGAACGGGCCAUGGCGUGGGUUCGUACUUGAAUGUCCAUGAAGGCCCGCAUGGAUUUGGGAUCGAUGUUCCACUUGUUCCUGGCAACGUCAUCACUAAUGAACCCGGAUACUAUAAUGCCGGCAAAUGGGGAAUAAGGAUUGAAUCCGCACUGGUAGUCAAACGGGUCACGACCAAACGAGAAUUCAAUGGUGACAUUUGGCUCGGCUUUGACCGUCUGACAUGCGUUCCUAUCCAGACGAAGAUGGUUAAAGAGAGCAUGCUCACCAAAGAAGAGAAGGCUUGGCUAAAGGUUCGACACCUCGUAACAACAUGA